UGUUUCAUAGACUUGAAAGAGCUAUAUCUAAGUCAUCAAAAUGAAAGGAUGACAACUUUUUUCUUUUGUUGUUGUUGAUUUAUUCAAACGUUCGUGCUGGGUACCUGUGGUCCAAGUAGUAAAAACGGCGCUUGUCCGAUGAAAUAAUUUCUUCAUACAACUCAUUAUAGGACAAUGUAAAAUAUGUGAUGUGUGAAAUUGUUUUUGGCAUGUGUGAUUGAUGUGUGCCUACUACAAAAUGUAUGUGUGUUUAAUCUCUAAGUUUGUUAUUAAACUCCAAUAGCAACCUUUGCAGUGUAUGCUGAAUAUAUUUGGGUAGAGUGCAUAUUAGUAACUUUAGUUGUGCUGCAUAUAGCAUAUAAUUUGCUGGUUGUACUAGUUGCUCAGCCAGUGGUUGUAAUUUAUUUGCUAAUUUAGUGCAGAAUCAGCUAUGCAUAGCUAAAGCGGAUUAGUUUUUGGGUAAAUAGUUGCAGUUUGCCUUCAGAUAGCUUCUUUGUAUGCUGCUGUUACUGUUACAUCAGCUAUUAGCAGCAGAUGUGUUGGUCUGUGCCAAUCUACUGGUGUUGCAGCAUGACUCUAGUUGACAUGUAGUGUGUUAUAGUAUGCUUCUGUGUAAGGCAUUGUGGUGUGUAAUGCCACAUCAUCCUGCAGACAGUCCUGGUGCAGGGGGUUGUGUUGGAAAUAGGAAUAUCAUGAUAAUUGUAUUCUGAGAUUGGAAUCAUAGGUUCUGAUUUACAUUUACAGCGUAGUGAAGUACAGCCAGCGGAAGUACAUGGCCCAUAGAACUGUGUAAUAUAAACACUUGCUUCAUGCACAGAACUGUGUGAUAUACCAUGAUAUAAACUUGUUUCUAACAUGUCUAACACAGUACUGUGUGAUAUAUACCAUGAUAUACACUUGCUUCUAACUCAGUACUGUGUGAUAUAUACCAUGAUAUAUACUUGCUUCUAACACAGUACUGUGUAAUAUAUGCUUAAGUCAUACACAGAACUGUAUGAUAAUAAUGCAUUUGCUUCUAGAAUGACAGACUACACUGAUAUGAAUUACAUACCUUCUCUAAUUUGCAUGUGUGAGAUAUGUUUUGUAAAAUAAAAAUGCCAAUAAUUUUCAUGAUUGAGUGCUGCAAAACACAUUGUUUGUUCCUGUCCUAUGCUGAAAAUAAAUAGUGUAGGACAUGAAGCUAUUCUUCCAGAAAUUCACUAUUAUGGAAACCAAUUCUCUGAAGAUGUGAAUAUGGCUGAGAAAAGAUUCUGGUAGUGGUGAAAGAUCAAUUUUGGAAGAUCCGUCUAAGGAAUGUUAAAAAAUGUUACAUGCCACAAAAGUAGUUGCUCUUUUGGGAGCAAGGACAGGACCAGCAGCACCAGAACCUGUUUUGUUUCCCUGAAUCAUGUUGACAGGGCUACUCCUGUCUAGCUCCUUGUCUGUUGACCCCAUGUAGGGCUGGACAUGUCUCCAGUUCCUGGUGUACACAGGUCUGCCUGGCACAAACUUGGUUAUUAACAACCAUGGUACCACAGUUGGACAAUUGUCCACUGAUGAGGAUUUAGUGAUUCAGUGUAUGGCCUGGCCUGUUGGUGUCAUGCUAUCGAUCACAGGUCUUCCUGGCACAGACUUGGUUAUUAACAACCACUGUAACACAGUUGGACUAUUGUCCACUGAUGAGGAUUUAGUGAUUCAGUGUAUGGCCUGGCCUGUUGGUGUCAUGCUAUCGAUCACAGGUCUUCCUGGCACAGACUUGGUUAUUAACAACCACUGUAACACAGUUGGACUAUUGUCCACUGAUGAGGAUUUAGUGAUUCAGUGCAUGGCCUGGCCUGUUGGUGUCAUGCUAUCGAUCACAGGUCUUCCUGGCACAGACUUGGUUAUUAACAACCACUGUUACAGUUCGAAAAUUGCUGAUUGUGGCAUCCACAACGUUUUCUGACCUUUUGACCAUUGUUUUGAAGGAACAGACUUUCCCUGUGUUUGUGUUUCUAUUGGGUGUUGUGAUCUAGACACGAGAGACAGGUGUCCAGGAAUCACUCUUGAACUACUCCUGCUGUGUCAACCUCAUCCAGCAGAUGGACACCGGCAAAGGAUGACACAGUAGCUGGUGUUUAAUGUCAGGCCCAGGUUUGCAGAAGCUGAGUAAACAGUUGGCAAAUGGCAGAGAUCUUGUGUUUGAUUGUUUAUCCAAAUGAAUGUAGCCAGCCCACUCCCAAAUGUCACACUGUGACACACUGCUGGCCAGCCAUGCUGGGAGAUGCAUGUUUCAGGCCACGGACUCUAUAGCUCUAUGUCUUAGUGCUGCAUUUCAAGUAUGCCCCGACCAGGAAUGUCGCCCAUGUCCCACGGCCCUCCCCCAGGGAUGUCCACCAUGGAUAGGAAGAGGCCUGCCCCGCCUGACCCUAGGACAGCGCAUCAGUUGAAGGCUAAGAAGAAAAAGAAGAUAGCUGAUAAGAUUUUACCCCAGCGGGUACGGGACUUGGUGCCGGAGUCACAGGCGUACAUGGACCUGCUGGCUUUUGAACGGAAGCUGGACGCCACCAUUAUGAGGAAGAGGUUGGACAUCCAGGAAGCUCUCAAGCGCCCAAUGAAACAAAAGCGAAAGUUGAGGAUCUUCAUCUCCAACACAUUCUAUCCCCCCAAGCCUGAAGGAGAGGAUGGAGAGGAGUCGGUGCCAAGCUGGGAGCUGAGGGUGGAGGGGAGACUGCUGGAGGAUUCUGCAACAGCCAAGCUGAGUGAUGCCAACAAAGUCAAGAGGAAGUUCUCCUCCUUCUUCAAGAGUCUGGUCAUCGAGCUGGACAAAGAUCUAUAUGGCCCAGACAACCAUCUCGUGGAGUGGCAUCGCACACCCAACACACAGGAGACGGAUGGCUUCCAGGUGAAGCGACCUGGCGACCAGAAUGUCAAGUGCACUGUGCUGUUGAUGCUGGACUACCAGCCGAUGCAGUUCAAGUUGGACCCCCGCCUAGCCCGCCUGCUGGGGAUCCACACCCAGACCCGCCCCGUCAUCAUCAACGCCCUGUGGCAAUACAUCAAGACCCACAAGCUGCAGGACGAGCAUGAGCGCGAGUACAUCAACUGUGACAGAUACCUCGAACAGAUAUUUGAGUGCAAGCGAAUGAAGUUUGCAGAGAUCCCUGCCAAGCUACACCCCCUCCUGAUGCCCCCGGACCCCAUCGUCAUCAACCACAUCAUCACAUUUAACCCGUUUUCCAGAGUUGAAGGUCCGGACGCCAAGAAGACAGCCUGCUAUGACAUUGAUGUGGAAGUGGACGACACCUUGAAGCAGCAGAUGAACUCCUUCCUGCUGUCCACGCAGAGUCAGCAGGAGAUCGCCUCCCUCGACAACAAGAUCCAUGAGACAGUGGAGACUAUCAACCAACUCAAGACCAACAGAGAGUUCUUCCUCAGCUUUGCCAAGGAUCCUCAGGAAUUCAUCAACAACUGGCUCAUCUCUCAAACAAGAGACCUGAAGAGCAUGACGGACGUGGUGGGUAACCCAGAGGAGGAGAGGCGGUCGGACUUCUUCUACCAGCCCUGGUCACAAGAGGCAGUGUGCAGAUACUUCUACAGCAAGGUUCAACAACGUCGCACCGAACUGGAGCAGGCCCUGGGUAUCCGCAACACCUAGAGCUGCAGCAUCGACUGACACAGCUGCAGCAUCGACUGACACAGCUGCAGCAUCCUUCCCGCCUCACACUGCCUUGGAUGGAACUGUCAUCAUGGUGGAAGCUAGGUUGAACACAAGAAUGGGAUAACUGGAGCUCAUGAGUUUACUGGUUUUUAAACCAGUAAUUCUUUUAUGAACAUGAAUUGUAUUGUCACCAGGCACAAGUGUUUUUUGAAUCUCUGACAGUUUUAAUCCUAAAGUAUAAUAGAGCUUGUCAUAUAGACCCAGUUGUUUUAUGAACAAAAAUGAAUGAAUGAAAAGCCAGGAACAUAUCCAUUGCCAUUCUUCAUGCAUCAGUAACUGUUGACAGUUGCAUCCUGCAUCCUGCUUCAGUAAUCAUAUACCUUCAAAAUAAAGUCCACUUCAUAUCUCA